UUGGCGCCACUGGCGCGCGGGGCAGGCUGGGAUCGUGGCCGCACAGGGAUUUAAACCGGAGCAAAAACCGGCGCAAAGUCGCCGGAGAUCGCGGCGCCGGGGCCGGGCCGGGCUGGACUGGACUGGACUGGACUGGACUGGGCCGGGCCGCGCCGCUGUUGCUGCUGCUGCUGUCCGCGGCACAGCUAUGCCGAGCGGCGAGGAGCGGAAGGCCAGCGAGAGCUUCGACAAACUCUGCCAGGACUUGAACCUGGACCCGGAGACGGGCGCCGAGGCUUGGGGCAGCUUCCAGCGCAUCGGCAGCACCUACACCCUGGAGGGAGAAACUCUACAUUGGCUGGCUUGUGCUCUAUAUGUGGCAUGUCGAAAAAGCAUCACCCCAACUGUCGGCAAGGGGACGAUGGAAGGGAAUGGUGUUUCGUUGACAAGAAUUCUUCGCUCGUCAAAGUUAAGCCUAAUUCAAUUCUUCAGCAAGAUGAAGAAAUGGACCGAUAUGGCCAACUUAUCCCAAGACUUCCGAAAGCGAGUAGAGCAGUUGGAAAGGAAUUUUGAAGUUUCAACUGUUAUAUUCAGGAAAUUUGAGCCUAUCUUUUUGGACAUGUUUCAAAAUCGUCACCAGGAUCCGCCCCGGCUUCAGCGAAGCAGAAAACAGAGGCGCCUUCCAUGCAGUGUAAGAGAUGCUUUUAGUUUUUGCUGGACCUUAUUCGUAUACAUUAAAGGAAACUUCCGUAUGAUUGGUGAUGACCUUGUAAAUUCUUACCACCUUUUGCUCUGCUGCUUGGACCUCAUGUUUGGAAAUGCAUUAUUGUGCCCUAACAGAAAAGAUUUACUUAACCAAGGAUUUGAAGGUUUGCCACUGGGGUUUGGCAGCCAGGACUAUAAGCCUCCUGUACAUCCACCGUGUAUCAUUGAGAAACUAUGUGAUUUGCAUGAUGGGCUCAUAGUAGAAGCAAAAGGUAUCAAGGAGCACUACUGGAAACCUUACAUUAAGAAAUUAUUUGAAAGGAAGAUUCUAAAAGGAAACAGUGAGCUAUUUGCCGAUCUUCUGGAUGUUAGCAAUUUCACAGACAACAACAAAACAGUAAACAGAGAAUAUGAAGAAUACGUUUUGACAGUGGGUGAUUUUGAUGAACGGAUAUUUUUGGGAGACGAUGCUGAUGAGGAAAUAGGGACACCUCGUAAAGCUACAGCAGAUAUUCCAGUUGGCAACCUGUCAGCACGAAUGCAAGUUGAGUGCAACCUGCAACAACACUUUGAAAAGACAAGAUCUUUGGCACCAUCAACUCCAUUGACAGGAAGACGCUACUUGAAAGAAAAGGAGCCUGUUGUGACACCAGUAUCCUCAGCAACGCAGAGUGUAAGUCGUUUGCAGACCAUGGUAAUGGGACUGAAGAAUACUCCAAGCGAGCAUCUGCUGCAAAUCUUCAACUCCUGUUCACGAAAUCCAAUUGAGGCCGUAUCAGCCCGGGUCAAGGAGAUUGGUGAUAUCUUCUGCCAGCACUACUCCCAGCCUACAGAAAACCAGGCUGGUUCUCAUAUAGAUUUUGCCAUCAAGCGGUGGCGGCUUGCUGAAAUCCUGUAUUGGAAGAUCCUGGAGACCGUGAUGGUGCAGGAAAGUCGACGAAACCCUGGGAAGGACAUGACUGUGUUGCUGGAGCAGGAUAUCUUCCAUUGCUCCCUGAUGGCUUGCUGCCAGGAGAUCGUCCUCUCCUCCUACAGUUCCCAGCGCACUUUCCCAUGGAUUAUUGACAUCCUCAACCUGAGUCCCUUUUAUUUUUACAAGGUUAUCGAGGUGUUGAUUCGGGCAGAGGAGGGUCUAUCACGAGGCAUAGUGAAGCACCUGAACAACAUCGAAGAACAGAUCUUGGAGAGUCGAGCUUGGACGCACGAUUCAGCCCUCUGGAAGGCUUUACAUGGAGUGGACAAUAAGGUUCCCACGUGUGAGGAGGUGACGUUUCCUUCCAAUUUUGAAAGUGGUAAUAGUGGUCCCACCCACCUGCCAUUGAUGUCCAUGUCACCUAUAGUCCAUCCUCGGGUGAAGGAAGUCCGCACAGAUAUUGCUGGGAGUUUCAACAAACGUGAACUUCCUCCUCCAGCAUCGCCGCUCUCUGUCCACGAUCGGUUCACCUCUCCCUCUGCGGGAAGUGCCAAGAGGAGGCUCUUCGGGGAUGAUUGUUCAAUGGAUGCUCGCGUGACUAUUGCACAGAAUAAGAUUAAUGUCACCCAGUUAUCUGGACGGAGUAUUAUUCAAACCCAAAGCACCACCAAUGAAAACAUUACUCUCGCUCCUGGUCAGACUGUUGUAACCAUGGCAACUGCUACUGUAACCACCACCAAUGGUCAGAUGCUCACUAUACCCGUGCAAGGAGUUACGUAUGAGACUGGAGGGAUCGCCUUCAUCCCCGUGCAUAUGAGCGUCUCCCGGCAAGCACAGGUUGCAGAAGACACAGCCCAGGUGCCCUUGUCUGCCCAGGCCUUAAUCAACUCUUCCCCCAAGGGAGUGGGAGGUGCAUCAGUGCAAGAGCCUCAGCUCACUGCAGUCGUUAAGCCAAAGAAAACUGGCUCCCUGGCAUUAUUCUUCAGAAAGGUGUAUCAUUUGGCCAGCGUCCGUCUGCGUGACCUGUGUCUAAAACUAGAUGUGUCCGCAGAGCUCCGGAGAAAGAUAUGGACUUGCUUUGAGUAUUCUUUGGUCCAUUGCACAGAUUUGAUGACAAAUAGGCACCUUGAUCAACUUCUCCUUUGUGCUGUCUACAUAAUGGCAAAGAUUACUAAGGAAGACAGGUCUUUCACAGAUAUCAUGAAGUGUUACAGAAGCCAGCCACAAGCCAGCAGCCACGUGUACAGAAGUGUUCUGCUGGAUGGUAAAGGAUCCAAGAGUGCAGAUGUUACUGAGAAUGCAGGGGGAGAUGGAAACAUGGAAUGCCAAGUGUCCGACUGUGAUCCCAGCAUAACAAACAACAGUCAGCAUCCCGUUGAGACGAGCAUCUCUGCGGUGACUGCAACCAGCUUGUCCAGGAGUCUAGAUGCUGUGGAGGAGGAACGGGGUGACCUCAUUAAGUUCUAUAACACUAUCUAUGUGACUAGAAUUAAAGAGUUUGCACUGAAGUACUCCAAUGUAAAACUGGAGUGUGGGGUGGAAGCACCACCCCUCUCGCCCUUUCCAAACGUUAAGCCUCACCCUGUAUCUCCCCGGCGGAUAUCACAACAGCAUGCAGUAUAUAUCUCCCCUCAUAAGAAUGGCACUUCCCUCACUCCACGUACCGCAAUGAUGUACAGGUUUAACAGAAGCCCCUCAAAGAACCUGCGGGAUAUCAACUGCAUGAUCAAACAGGGGGAGCGGCUGAGCAGAAAACGAGCGUUCACCAUGGAGAGUGACAGCGAGUCGCCAACUAAAUAUCUCUGCCAAGAAAACGACGACAUUUUGUUGAAAAGGCUGCAGGAUGUUGUCAGCGAGCGGGCAAACCGCUGAGGCCAUAAAGCUGCUGCUUAGAAUCCUUUAGGUAGACUACCUAGAGUCAGAUUGUCUGGAAAAAGCCUAGAAUCCCACCCACAUUGAACCAUGCCACAGACCCCUGGGUCCUUAUAAUUGUCCCAUAAUGGGGACAUUAGGACAUGUGCACAAGGUCUCCAGGUACUAUAGGGUUAAAACAAAUAUCUCUAUCAAUCCACAAAAACUGUCAUGGCUUUGGGCAGUGAUAUCAUAGCCGUUUGAAAGAGCAUGUAAUCAACAUUUCAUCCAGGCAUCAGUUCCACACUUGCCUGCCUGCCUGCCUGUCUGCAGGCAUGGUUUGACCUUGCACACAGUCAAACAGCUUCAUGCAUUAGUAAGUAAGUCUUUGGAUAACUGAGCUGAGGUUGAAGUGUUUUCAGACUAGAUUGGAUUUGGGUUAUUAUUAGGUAAGUACAAAGAAUUGUAGUACAAAUUCAACUUUUAAUGAUGUGUGUACAUAUUGACAGCAUACAGAGGGGGUUGGUGAGAGGAGUCAAAGAAUACAACGGCUAUACUGGGAAUGGGGAAUCUCAGUAAAGCUGUCAUAAACCCCAACACCUAAUACAGUGGAAUUCUCAACAUGGAUGCACUUUACAAUCACAAUCCCAAAGAAUAAAUCUAGUGUUGAUUCAUGGAAUAUGGAGAUGAAUGAUUCCCAUCUGUUGAAAUCUCUUCACUUCAAACAGCCACAGAUGCUGGGGUCUCACUUAUGAGACCAUUGUUUGUGGGAGCACUGCAUCUGAAGCCUGAAGCCAUUGGAGGAAAUCACAGUGGCAGGGAAUGGAGAUUGAUGCUCUUGUGUUUUCAGGCUUACUGCAGCAUCAACCUUGUGGGUGCUUUAGGGUGACCCACAGCCUCUGUCCUUCCUCUCACCACUCUGCUGCCAUUCUGGCAUCAGCUAUCAAGUGCCUUAUCGCUUCUUCUUCCAGUUUGGACGUUUGCAGUGGGGAAAGUGAACAGAGUGCAGGUUACUGUAGACCUUCACUAAAAACGUCUCAUCUGCAGGUUUGUGGACCUUGGAGAAUUCAGUGCAGUUAGCCAGAUGCUUCAGCUUUGCAGGAACUAGAUUGCCUGAGAAAAGGUCUUUCUUGCAGACCUUAUGCUGAGAUUUAGUGCCGGCUCUUGGUCAUGAGAAGAGAACGUUUUGUACACAUUCCUAACACGGCUGUACUGACUGCUCCCUGCAGCCCUGCGAUUUGGCCCUGCAAAUUUAAGGUGUUUGUUUUUUAAAUUUGUCUGCACCUAUCAGUGACUGUCCACAACGUUGGGUGGUGCCUCGGUAAGCUACAACUUGUCUCUGAACCUGGAAUUGUUUUCCAGUUAUUAACAGCAUCAGCUUGAGCGGUGAGACGGCAGCUGGCUGUAGUCCCUGGUGCUCUGGGAUUCUAUGAAUUGAAUCUAAGCUUGGCUGUGGUUGACCACCCCAUCUCAUCCCAUCUCCUCUGGACCUUGCUACAGUCCAGUAUUAGAACAGUACAGCACGGGAGAAGGCCCUUCAGCCCUUCCUCGGGUAGUGAUCAAUACCCAGUGGAGCUGCCUCUGCAGGACAAGGUCCAUGGCAGGGACUGAGCAGAUGCUGGACCUUGCCAUCUCCUUCACUCAGUGUUGGGGCAGAGGCGACUGCUUUACUUAGACUCCAGACGGACAUAAUCUGCUACACCUCGGCUGCAUCACAAAAGUGCAUUAAAAAAUUAUAGGAAUCCUUCUUGUUACAGUGUUCAACCAGUGCUUAACUUUGAGUCGCUGUGAUGCAGCUGGUAGUGCUGCUGCCUCUUCUGAUGACCUCUGUGUGGAGUUUGCACUGUCUCGGACGUUUGUUUCCUUCCAUAUCACUGUGAACUGACAGGGGAGAGAGGAUCAUCCUGGAGGGAAUGGCUUACAGUGAGCUCAGUGAGGGAAUGGGAAUGCGUUGGGAACUGGAAUAGACUCUUUGGGCCAAUUGGCCUCCUUCCAUGUAAUUAGGAAAUAUGCGAUGCUCUCCCUCCCAGUAAGGGAAAUGGGGCCCAAUCGGCGUGUAAACCUCGGCGUAUAAACCGUGGCCUCCCCACGCAUUGGGAGGUCUUGCUGAUAUCCUGUGAUUCUGAAUCUGAUGUUGUGAUGUGUCUGUAUUUUCUAGCUGUAAAUGCUACAGCUUUCUACUGGUGCUUGGACCAACAGCAAAUGUCCAGUCUCAGCAGGAUCACCCUUACUCCUGCAAGCUCUGCAAUAAGUUGUUUCAUUGUAACUAUUGUGUAGUAUCUACACACACUGUCCCUUUUACAUUAAUUUCCUAUUUCAAGAAUAGGGUGGGAGUUAAUCAUGUAUAUUUGUAUAGUUUAGAUUAUUCUAUGAGAAUAUUUGUACUUUUAAUGCUUUGUAUGGAAUUGCGAGAUUUUUUUCUGAAUGAAAAUGUAAGAAAAUUAUCAGUUUUAAUUCUCCCCCCAUGAUUUUGUUGGGUAUAAGAUUUGUAUUCCUCUCUGGGGUGUUAACGGGCGAGUCUACUGUUUCCAGAGGAUUUGGGGAGGCAGAUCCCAUGGCCCCUCUACUCCCCAAGCACAUUUGAUUGCAGUGAGAAGGGCCAGUACUGUGUGUCCCAUGACAUUCUGUUUUGGUUACAUUCUGCCCAUUCACAGCAAUGUGUUUUCUUGAAUACUUCAGUACAGUAAUAUCUACCAUGGGUUCCACAUUGGCACAACUUCAGCAGAAUUCCCAAGGAACGGAAUGACUGCUCUAUACUCUUCCAGCUUUAGUGGACCCCAUUCAGGGAAAAACAGAAGACAUUCUCGUUAAAGUUCCUUUUAUAAACUUGUCACAUGAGGUUGAGAGUUGUACUGUGCAUGGCAUCAAUUUCAGCAAUGCAAUUAACUAUUGCCGCAAAGUUUAGAAUUGCCAGCUUGUCAGGACUAGAGCAAUUCUCUGCUUGCAACGCCUCUUUCCUUGCCAACGUAUCAACAGAAGAUUCUGUGCUCCUGCUCCCACCAAGAACUGACGUUUGCCAGUGUUGUCCUGGGCUCCGGUGGGAAUAGUCCGACAGUGAGCUCGAGGUGCUCAGUUUGUUUAAGACUUGCUCAUCUUGUGAUAGCUUUCAAAGCUUUCCACUUUGUGCUUUUACUCAGUGAUACUCCUUAUACUUUUUAAAUAUCUUUUACUUUUGAAGUUUAGUUUUUAAUAAAAAGUAUUUACCUAUAA